GUAUUCAUAGUCUAGGGCUUAGUUUAUUUAUGAACCCUAAAUUCUAAACUCUAGGGACAGCGUGCCGAUUGCUUUUGGGGACGGAAUCGCAGUGAAUACGGAAUCGCAGUGAAUCCAACAAUGCCCAAGCAAAUUCAUGAGAUUAAAGACUUCCUCCUCACGGCGCGGAGGAAGGAUGCGCGCUCCGUGAAGAUCAAGAGGAGCAGAGAUGUGGUCAAGUUCAAGGUUCGAUGCUCCAAGUACCUCUACACCCUCUGUGUGUUUGACCCUGAGAAGGCUGAUAAGUUGAAGCAAUCACUUCCUCCCGGUUUGAGUGUGCAAGAUCUGUGACUCUAUAUGAUACAAAGGUGAAGAGUGAAGAUCAAGUUUUGCUUUUGGAGUUGUGUCUCUUUUAUAUAUGAAUAU